AUGCCGCUCACGGCGGCCGCGGCCGCAGCCACAGCUACGGCCACCGCGCUCCCGUCCCCUUCCCACCGCCGCCUCCCGGCCUCGAAAUCCGUAUGGCUUAACCCCAACCUCCCCAGCUCCCACCCCCUCCACCACCGCCACAAGUCCGCCGAGCUCCAACAACCCCAGCACGAUGGCCGCAUCCUCGACGUCCCCGCCCUCGUAGCCGCGCUCUCCGCCGCGCGCACGGCGCCCGACCUGGCUGCCGUGCUCUCCCCGCACCUCCCCGUCUCUGCGCGCCUCCUCGGCGCACUCCUCUCCCGCCUCCCCGACCCGCGCCGCGGCGUCGCUCUGCUCGACCUCCUUGCGCCGGACCUCCCGGCCCCCGCGCUCCUCAUCCCCUACAACCUCCUCCUCCGAUCCUCCUGCCGCGCUGGCGAGCUCCGCCUCGCCUCCGGCCUCCUCCUCGAGAUGCGCGACAGGGGCGUCGCCCCCGACGCCUUCUCGUACUCCACACUCCUCGCGGCGCUCACCCGCGCGGGCCACCUCGACCACGCGCUCACCUUCCUGCCGCUCAUGGAGGACGACGCCGUGGCGCCCGACCUCGUCCUCUUCUCCAACCUCAUCCAUCUCGCCCUCCGCGGCGGCGACGCGCCCAAGGCGCUCGCGCUCUUCUCCCGGCUGAGGGGCACAGGGAUCAAGCCCGACCUGAAGGCCUACAACGCUGCCGUCGCCGCCUACUGCAAGUCCGACCUGCUCCGCGACGCCAAGCGGCUGUUGCUCCACGACAUGCCCGCUGACGGCGUCGCGCCCGACGCGGAGUCCUACUCCCCCAUCCUCGCCGCGCUGGCGCGCCGGGGGCAGCACCUCGCGGCCGUGUCGCUCUUCUCGCACAUGCGCGCCGUGGCGCGCGUCAAGCCAGACCUCUCGGUGUUCAACAUCGUGCUCAAUGCGUACGGGCAGCUCGAUCUCGCGCGCGAGGCGGACCGGCUGUUCUGGUCUAUGCGCCGGGCCGGCGUGCCGCCAAGCGUCGUGACCUACAACACCAUGCUCCGUGUGUAUGGCGACGCCGGGCUGUUCGGCGAGGCAGUUCAACUGUUCGACCUCAUGCGCAGCUCUUCCCAUGGCACUGGUGGCGCUGGUAGCGGCGUCAAGCCGAACGUGGUGACGUACAACACCAUGAUUGCCAUCUACGGCAAGUCGCUCGAGGACGAGAAAGCCGGGAGCUUGGUGCAGGACAUGCAGGCCAACGGCGUCCACCCCAAUGCCAUCACUUACUCCACCAUCCUCUCCAUAUGGGCGAAGGCCGGGAAGCUGGACCGUGCCGCCAAGCUGUUCGAGAGGCUGCGGGAGGCUGGCACGGAGAUCGACCCCGUGCUGUACCAGACGAUGGUUGUGGCGUAUGAGCGUGCCGGGCUUGUAUCCCAGGCCAAGCGUUUGUUGCACGACCUCAAAGACCCGGAGAGCAUUCCCAAGGAGACAGCCAUCAAAAUCUUGGCGAGUGCCGGUCGUGUAGAAGAGGCAGCAUGGCUGUUCCGUCGUGCAGCCAACACCGGCGAGAUCAAGGACUCAUCGGUGGACCGAGCAAUAAUGGACCUGUUCGCGAAGAACCGGAGGCACCGGAAUGUGGUUGAGGUGUUUGACAAGAUGAGGAAGUUGGGCCAAUUGCCGGACUCGGAGACGAUUGCCACCGUGAUGAAUGCUUAUGGUAAACUGAAGGAGUUCGACAAGGCCGCGGCUCUGUACCAGGCAAUGAGGGAGGAAGGUUGUGUUUUCUCAGACCGGGUGCACUUCCAGAUGAUCAGCCUGCUUGGUGCUCAGAAGGACUUCAAGGCGCUGGAGUUGCUGGUUGCCGAUCUUAGCCAUGACCCAAGCAUCGACAAGAGGGAGCUUUAUCUUGUGGUUGCCGGCGUCUAUGAGAGAGCAUACAGGUUUGAUAAGGCAUCCCAAAUCAUAAGCCAGAUAAAAAGCUCCAACGGGUUUGAUGUCAAGAAAUUCAAAUAA